AUUUCUUGUAUCUUCCGGCGAAUUUCGUAUCUGCGAGCAAUUUCGGAUAUGCGUUUGUGAAUUAAGUUUUGGCUCAAGCGAUUGCGGCAGGUGCUUUACCCCCCUCGGUACCGCAUAGGAGCCAUGUCCGUGGAUGGUGCUGCGCUGCUCGCAGCCGCCGUCCGCGCAGCUUGCCAGGCGAAGGCGCCUCGUCGAACCGUCCAGGCGGUUGCCGCUGCUGUCACGGGCGUCCUCGUCCGGCCGAUGGCGGAGGCCGUGCCUCGACAGCGUUCCGAAGUGCCCGCCGGUGUGCAUGGCGCACCCGUUCCAGCUCCCGCUGAGGACCCUGCCGUCCUGGUGGACACGCUGCGGGCCGCUCGCCGUGCUCAACGUGCCCGUAAGAAGGUGAGACGCCGCGAGGCGAAGCAGGCAGCCUCCCUGCGCGCGGAUGGUCUUGCCGGCUCGGUUGACAGCAGGCCUCGCGCUGCUGUACCAACCAUUGGUGGUGCGGCCGGCCGCGGCGCGGAGUCGUGGGGUGACUCCGCAGAGCGGCCCGCCCAGGCGCCACCAGGUCCCCCUGCUGGCGAUGCUGCCCCUGGCGUACCGGCAGAAGGUCCACUCGUUCGGCCAGUAUCUCUUGCCGAUCCGUCGUCGGAGCCACCAGGCAUACAAGCUGCCUCGGUGCCUUCUGUAACUUCCGCCCAUACCUUCGGACCAUCAGAAAUCGACGACACCGACAUGGCGCCCCGUGCAGCCUCGGCAGGUAAGGGCCGCGCGGCGCCGUAUGCCGCUUCUCGCGGCAAGUCUGGGCGGCAUGGAAAGGGCCCGCCUGCCCCUCCAGGUCGCUAGCCCGACAUGCGUGCUGCAGUAUUCAAGUGGGUGGCUAUUACUGCGAGCACUUUCUGCACUUCUCUUGGGUUGGCUUGUACUCCGAGAGUCUGGUGCAUUUACAUGUUCUUCCCCAUCUUUUCCGGCUUCACCAUCAACCCGUGAACCAUCUUCUGCCGUAUUCCGGAGAUCGCCUGUCCAGCCGGUUGUUGUCGGGCGCCCGUUUCGGCUACAUAUUUUCCGAUAGUGUAGCAGUAUUCCAUGUCUUAGAGGUCAGGCAGCCCCUGAUCAUUUCCAACCAUGCGUUUGUGAAUUUGCUGACUCAUCAGCACGCAGUGCGCUUUCAAAAAGUCUUCGACGGUUUCGCAUCGUGGCCAGCAUCUGGAUGCCACAAUGUGCGUGCAUUGAGGUGGGCAGAAGUGCAGGGAUUCUGGGCGAACGUUGCGCGACAUCACAACAAGGCCAUCAUGCACAAGCAGGGCGUGCCAGAUCAUUGCAGGCCCGCUGUGUUCCACCAUGGUCGGCAGAUCCAGCUCCCUCGCGCGACCUCGGAGUCCAGAGCGAUGCUCAAGAGCUCGUCGACUUGUCCAGGGACCGCCAAGGUUCGCGGCUCGUUCGGGCAGUUCGUCCGCGUUCCCACGCGCCCGAACCGACGCAGCACGCUCGCCGGGUGAGUUGGCCUUUCGUUUUGUCCUUGGUCUCGGAGACGACGAUAGGGGCGAAUAGCCCAGGGGGGAGCAAUACAUGUAUUCAGAUGCGCCGAUGA